AUGCAAGGAACACUUUCUGUACGUGAUCGUUGUGGUGAGCCUGCUCUUUGCAGCAAUUUACCCAAUCGUGAUCAUGUCGCCACCUCAUCUCAUCCACGUGAUCAAGCGAAUUACAACUUGAACGAUGCCAUAAUCGUUUCUAUUCUUGAACGAGACAGAUAUUUAUAUGAUGAGUACUAUUACUAUUGCCAUGCACGUGCUAACGCACCAGAAGAAUACUAUUAUAGACCCCUCCGUAGAAAGCACAACGCAGAUCAACAUCCUCUUUAUGUCUUGGAUAUAAUUUCUAUCAUAUGGAGCUACAUUCCUGAACAGUAUUGGUUGCCCUCUCUUGUGAAUUUAAUGUUAAGCUGCAAGAGUAUUGCCAGAGCAUGUUUAUCAAAAGAGGCCAUAGCAAGUCUAUGGAUGCGAUCACCAGGAUUUCAUGUGAAUUCAGAGGGUUUGAUGACAUUCAUGUUGCGAGACUUGUUGGAAAUUUGUAAAAUGUAUCGAAACGAUUGUGCGACUAUAUUCAAAAAAAAAUUGACCAUCUCUCGUAUUUUGAAACUGUGUACCAAGGGGCUUAGUUUAACUGAGAAAUUCGAAAACGUGACACUCCACAAAAUGUUUAUUUCUCAGAAAUCUCUGAUUGAGCUGCUUGGAAUGCAAAGUAGAAUCAAGUUCUUGUCAUUCGAGGGUUGUAAAACCUUACAAGACGUUGAGAAACCAGUAGUUUUGAAAACACAACAUUUAACUGGACUUUCCUUUCUAAAUUCUGAGAUUUUCUUUCCCAACUCUACAACGUUUCCCAAAACACUCCAGUCAUUAGAAUUUUUUAAUACAUUGUCUGAGAGCGAUCAGGGGAUUACAAACAAAAUUUGGUCGCAAUUGAAAACCUUGAAAUUAUGGUCUGAUACUGAUUUUCUUCAUAAAUGCAGUUUUCAACGGGUGCCUCUGACACAUCUCAUCGUUCCUGGACUGCAAUGUAAUAUCCCUGACUGCGUUGUUGGUUUAACAUUGGUUUCAUUAACAUAUCGUCAACUCCACAAAAAAGCUGAUUCAAUUAAGCAGAAUAUGUCUCCAUUCAAGCAACUUAAGAGCUUAGAAAUUCGAAAAUUGAAAAUUUCUCGAAACAUCCCUUUGACCAAGUUGUUUGAGCUUCUUUUUGUAGUGUUUCCAAACCUUAAAUAUCUCACUCUUCCAGAAUCCAUCAUAUACAAUACGAAGGCAAAUCUUGAACAGAAAAAAAGUAACGAUGAUGAAGAAGAAAAUGAUGUAAUUGAAACCUACAACAAUACUUUAAACAGUACAACUUUCACCCCAUUUAAAAACCCCUUUGCCUCAGACUCAUUGGUACAAGUCAAAAUAUUACACAGCUCUAAUGCUUGGAAAUUCUUUUUAGAAUGUUUAUUGUAUGAGAUUCAAAUGGAGUAUCCUUCCCUCAAUCUCCACACGGCCCUGGAAUUGGUGACAGAUGAGAAAGACGUACAUCCUGUCACUCUAAUCUCCAGAGCGGGUUGGGACAUUCCGAAGAGUUGGCUCAAUAAGCGUACAGAAGAAUUCUUUAACAUGAUUCAUCGUUGGUAUCAAGUAUACAAUGACUAUCCAAGAGUAAGACGUAAAAUUGAUUCCAUGAGACAAACACUUAUCACCUUGUGCUCAUUUACAAACCCAGUUCCGAGCCAAUCUAUUGCUGAUUUGAAUGAUAGUGCAUGGGAGUUUCAGGGAAUUAGUUUAUUCUUAAAUCAAGUAUUAGAUCUUCGAAAAAACAAUUAG